GAUGCGAUUGGCGGUGAUGACUAUCCAUGGCAUGUUUGUCAAUGCCUAACGGUAAUUGCGUAUCAGGCGUCUGGGACCUACCUGAGUCCUUGCGGUUUCUUGCGGAUUUCUUUUACAAUUACACACAUUGAAUUCAAUUAGCAAACAGGCAAUCGUGUGGGAGCAAAAUGACAAUCAAAAAUGUCCACGAUCAUGGACAGCGGCAUCGACCACGGGUGGCAUGCCUGAAGAAGGUGGAAGCCCUGAUGUUGGAAAUGCAGGACCCAACAUCAGGAGUGAAGUCUCAGACUCAAAGGCUUGUCAUCACCACAAUACCUCAUGCUCUCACGGGCGAAGACGUUGCCGCAUGGAUCGCCAAACGCUUUAAUGUAGAGAUCCCUGAGGCUUGCGCCAUUGGCACCAUGAUGGUGGCCUUUGGCUUCAUCUACCCUCUACGGGACCACAAACGACUUGUUCUCAAACCAGAUGCCUCUCUCUACCGAUUUCAGACUCCAUAUUUCUGGCCUGUCCAGCAGUGGCCUGUUGAGGACACAGACUACGCAAUCUACUUGGCAAAAAGAAAUAUCCGGAAGAAAGGAGUUCUUGAUCUGUAUGAACAGGAGCAAUAUAAUAACCUCCACAAAUGGCUGAACCACAAGUGGGAUUUCAUUGUAAUGCAGGCCAAAGAACAGUACAGGGCAGGGAAAGAGAGGAAGAAGCCAGAUCGGGUGGUGUUUGACUGCCAGGAGAGAGCCUACUGGGUCGUACAUCGACCACCACCAGGGACAGUCAGUGCCAUGGACCUUGGAUUACUACGUCUUGUUGACCCCAACCAAAAGGAGACAAAGACUCCAGACUUCUUCAGAAGAAUUAUUAUUUUUACUGAGCAGUGCAUCAUGAGACCAAGGGUGAAGUCAUCUGUGUCUCUUGGAGCCAUUGUCAAAUAUAUGACGACCUUCAAGUCGCACGACCCCUUUUUCGCCCCAGUUCUUCCCAGCAACCCAUGGUUAACUGAUGAUGCCACCUACUGGGAUAUCAACAUGCCUUAUGUGGACCACCCCACUAGAAUGAGAGUGGAGCGUUGGACCUUCAGCUUUGGAGAGCUGCUUAGUGAUCCUCUAGGUCGGGAUGGUUUCCGCCUCUUCUUGAAGAAGGAAUUCAGCAGUGAGAACCUGGCUUUCUGGGAGGCCUGUGAGGAUGUGAAGUGGGGCACAGCUGCAACAAUCCAUGAAAAAGCCCAGCAGAUCUACAAGACAUUUCUGGCCCGUGGUGCGCCUCGUUGGAUCAACAUUGACGGGAAGACCAUGGAGGUCACCGUGAGGGGUCUGAAACACCCUCAUCGCUUUGUGCUGGACGCCGCUCAAACACAUAUCUACAUGCUGAUGAAAAAGGAUAAGUAUGGCCGAUACAUCAAAUCCCCAGUGUACAAGGACAUCCAGACGAAAGCCAUCGACCCAGGACCGCACAAUUUCUCUCCGUCCCAGCUGGAGCAGAACGCUCGGAAGCGCCGCCCGAGUCUGAGUCCCAUCAUUGUCCGCCAGCUGGAGGAGGAGCAGAAGGCCAAGCUGGCGGCCAGCGGCCCUGUGGACAUGACACAGCUGUGUCGGUUCACUGCCCCUGUUCCCCACCUUGCUGUCUACUCUGGCCUCUGCGAGACACAGUCCACCGCCUCCCCUUGCUUCGCUGCCCUCCCCAACAGCGCUGCCUGCCCGUCACCCAUCAGCGUAGCUAUCGACAGCACGCCAGCGUCCGAAAGGCGCUUCGACAUGCACAGCGGGACCACCUCACACUUUCCCUCCAUCGCUGAGAGCAUUGAGACGUCGGUAGGGGGGGCAGGCGAGGAGGAGAGCCCGACGCCGGUGGCCAGGCCCCGCAUGACGCUGUCUCUCAGCCGCCUGCUGCGCCGUGGCUGCAACGCCUCAUCUGUGUUUGCCAGCCUGUCGCCCAAAUGCUCCGUGGCAGCAGGCAGCGGGCGGGUGCAGCCUCUGGGCACUGAGCCACAGCCUCACACACAACACCGCAGACUGGCCAACUUUUUCCAGAUCAAAGUUGACAUCCCCCCAGAGUGCCGUAUCUACCCCAUAGACUCUGAAGAUGAAGAGGAGAGCCCUGGUUCAGCAAGAGGGGCCGUGAAAGAAAUCAUCUGCCCCUGGGAGUCCAUCACCAAAUAGAACACAGAAGUGGAUUCUACAGCUGUCAAAAAAAAGACAUAUAGGCAGCCAAUGUACCCUCAGUGCAUUGACUUAAUUUCAUAAUAAAGCUAUUAUAGCACACAUUUGAAAACAUUAGUGGAGGUAGUAAUAUGAAGCAAUGCUAUUUCUUGAUGUGUCUGAUAGCUUAAAAUUAGUGCCUAAGUGUUAUUUUUGUCUGUGAAAUAAUCAUGUUACACCAACAUGAACAAUGUAAAACAUCACAGAAAAAUGAUUUUGUGUCAUCAUUAUUUGCCUGUUUUACGCGAUCAAUUGAUUUAACUCAGGUUUUAUAUGCAAGAUUAAUUUAAGAAUGUUUAAAUGUUUUGUUUUUGCUGAAUUGUAAUUCUGCAUUUCAUAGUAAUAUGACAUUUUCUAUGGCUGAGUAACUGUUUUUAUAUUACUCUACGGACUUGUAGGGAAAUAUUUGAAAAUACAUCAAUAUUUUCAUGAAUGUAUUUCUAUGAAACAGGACAAUGUGAAGACUGUAAGAAUGUAUUUCUUGUAACAUGUUUACAUAUUACACAAUGUUAAAGUGUUCAUUUCUUAUAUCUGGCUUG